GAGAGAGAGAGCAGCAGCCUCAAGCAAAGAACCCUGAAAGUGCACACAAGAACCGAAAGCGAAAGCAGCAGCGCCGAAAGCGAGCUCACAUCCAGCCUGACCGCGCCGAAUUCUGGCUUGCUUCUCUCAGAGAAAUCACUCGCGUCUCGUCAGGACGGCCAACCUGCCGCCGUGCGCUUCUUUCCGGUGAAUUCAUCGGCGGUGGCGGACAUGUAGCGCCGCGGGGCCUUCAUCAGCUUCUCGCCCUUGUCCGCAGCGCCUCUUGUUAAGUUAAAAUGCAAGCGGUUGCUCCUUUUGGUGAUUGGUGUGGAGCUACUAUCAACACGAUCAUAAGUCCAUUCUACAAUCGUUUUGCAAAGCAUGCAUUGUAUUGCUUCACGGCUAGCUCAAACGUGAGGGGCCACAUGAUAGAAACUGAGGCUCUGAAACUCAAACAGGCAGGCGUCCAACAGAAGAUUCGAGACGACGAGCAUAUGUUCGACGCCGUGCCAACAGAACAGGCAAGAUUAUGGCUAGAAUCGGCGAAUACAGCCGUAUCUGAUGAAGCGGCAAACCACCUGCGAUACAAUCAGAGGUACCAAUUAUGCGGGUGCUGCUACCCAAAUUUCUUGGAAAACUAUAAGAUCAGUAAGCAAGCAGAUGAGCAGCAGAAACAUGUAAAAUCAAUCAUGGCUAAUGCACCAGGUGAUAAUAACAUCACACGUGCGCCAGAUCCAAGUUGUGUCGAGAGUAUGCUUGUAGAUGCUGCUCCAAUACCGCCAAGCAGAUCGGUUAUUCUUCGGGCUGCUCUCCAGUUCAUCGUGAGCAAUGAUUCCAGUGAGGGGAUAGUUGGAAUGUGGGGUCCAGACAAAGAUGAUAACACAAAUCUCCUCAAGCAUAUCAACAAUUCAUUUCUGCAACAAAGUAUCUUCGAUUUUGUUAUCUUUGUUCCAAGCCCCAGCGAUUGCUCGGUAACAAAUAUUCAAUCUGAAAUCAUAACCAGGCUCGGUAUGAAGCAGGAUGGUAAUGAGGCAAUUCGAGCCACUAGAAUAUGUGGACAGCUCGAGAACAAGAAUUUCCUGCUGAUUUUGGAUGACCUCCGUCAGAAUCUGGACCUUCGAGCGGUUGGCAUUCCAUAUCCUCUUGGAUUUGUUGGAGAGAAGAAGAGGAAAGUGGUAAUCAUGUCACUAUCAGGAUACAGAUUCGUUGGAAAUAUGAUGGGUGUGAACAAAGAUAUUGAACUGCCUAUUUUGCAAGAGGAGGAAGCACGCGAGCUAUUUAGACAGUCAAUAAACUACCAAGGGGAUCUUUAUUCUGAUCCCAACAUUGGACCACAUGCUACUAAUCUGGUACGGGCAAUAAAUGGUCUGCCAUCGGAACUAGUACGUUAUGGAAAGUCAAUGUAUGGAACAAAGGAUCCAAUUUCAUGGAAAGUAGCUAUAGAUGAUGCAACAAGUAAAUUUUCUAGGCCAUGUUCGAUAGAAGACACUCUCCGACUCAUUGAGGAUGAUCCCACUUUGGGAGUAAUCGGAAUAUGGGGUCCAGGUGGAGUGGGAAAAACACAUCUUCUGAAAAAAAUUCAGGGCUUUUUUAGAGGAAGGAUGACUGUUAUAUGGGUGACAGCCUCUAAGGAGUGUUCAGUGUUAAAGAUCCAAACACAAAUUUUAGACGAGCUAAAACUGAAAGGGGGUGGCAAUGUGAGAACCCAAAGUGGCACGAUCAGUGGCUUCCUAGAGAAUAAAAGCUUCCUUGUACUGUUGGAUGAUCUUUGGGAAAGAAUUGAUCUAGAAGUAGUUGGCAUACCACUUCCCCUUGGAAUUGAACCUUUGAACAAAUUCAAGAGAAAAGUUGUUCUCACAACAAGAUUUACAUCUGUUUGUGGUGGGAUGGAGGUGAAAAAACAGGUUCAAGUUCCAUAUCUCCACGAGAAUGAGGCAUGGGAGCUAUUUAGAGAGAAGGUCGGAGACCAAACUCUUUUUUCUUCUGGUAUUGAAGGUCGUGCAAGAAUACUUGUGACUGAAAUGAAGGGAUUGCCUUUAGCUUUGGUAACUGUGGGAAGGGCAAUGUAUGGGAAAUUUCUUGCCGAUCAAUGGGAUUCUGCCAUCCAACAUAUGAAAAAUUCAUGUUGCAUUGACACAAAUGAAGACCCACUGAAGAUGGAGGAAGAAGUUUUCAGAAAGAUCAUGUUUAGCUAUGAUAAUUUGAAAAGCGAGAGGCUAAAGAACUGUUUCUUGACUUGUGCACUGUGGCCUGAGGAUCAGAACAUUUGUAGGGAAGAUCUCGCCCAAUGCUGGAUAGGCUUAGGUCAUGUGAAUGAGGGGGACAUACAAAGUUCCUACACAAAAGCUUAUAGUCUGAUGGGCGACCUUAAAGGUGCAUGUUUGCUAGAGGGCUGUGGAAAAUCGGGUGAUCGUGUCAAACUACAUGAUGUGAUUCGUGAUAUGUCUUUAUGGAUCUCUUGUGGCUGCGGUAAGAACAAUGGCAGCUGGUUUGUCCGUGCAGGAGUUGGCUCAGAUGAAAAAUUUAACAUCCCUUGGAGCAUUGCGGAAUACAUCUCGUUAAUGUCCAACCGUAUGAAGAAACUUCCUUUUGUUGGUGUUCCGCUGAAAUUGAGGGUGUUAUGCCUUCAAUACAAUAUGUUGGAUAAAACAAUAAUAGGUGGAGUACUUGUGAAUUCCGCUAAACUGACAUAUCUGGACUUGGGGAGUAAUAACCUCAAGGGGAUACCUGAAAGCUUAUGUCACCUGACAGAAUUGAAACAUCUCGAUUUGUCAAAUAAUUCGAUGGAGGAAGUGCCUCGCAGCUUUGGAAACCUCAUUAAGCUGAGGUUCUUGUACCUACAGCGAAAUUACAUACAAAUAAUACCAGAUGAGGUCAUAUCUAGACUUGAAGAAUUGGUAAUAAUACAUGUGGAUCUUACAUGGGUGUCUGAUUGUAUCAGAUCUAAAGUAUAUAGAGAGUUGGGCACACUGAGUCACUUGAAAGCUGUUGCUACAUCAGUAGAACUUUCGGAUUCAUGGACAUCACUUCAUGAUGCGGCUGACCUACCCAUCCGGACUUUACGUCUUGCAAUAUCUGCUGGAAAAGAGGAAUUCCAUCUCUAUGAUAUUUUAUCAUUGAACUUCGCACAAAUGACCUUGUAUAAACUAGAUAUUGUAGAGGAAGAGAAUAUAGCAGAUAUAACAUUAAUACAGAUGCCUGAACAACAACACUACAGCUUUGGUAAUCUCAGUAAACUGACCAUCCGUAAUUUGCAUGCAUUGACAACAGUAAAAUGGAUGGGAACAUCUCCAACAUCUAUAUUUUCAAGGCUCACUCGUUUGAGAGUGUUAGGCUGCGUCAAGCUCGAGCACCUCUCUUGGGCGAUGUAUCUGCCUUGCCUUGAAAAACUUGUUGUGAUAAUAAAUAACAGCAUGCGGAAGGCUUUUACAAGGUGUCAUGUUGACAGCGUGUGGAGUGGACAAGAGAGUUCACAGACAUUUCCUUGCCUCAAGCACCUUUGUCUUCGGUUCUGCGGAACGCUGGUCACUAUUGCGGAUCCUGAUGUGACAUUCCCAUCCCUAGAGGUGCUGCAGAUUGCAGAUUGUGCACAACUGAAGAAGCUUCCUUUUGACAUGGUCAGCUUGCCACGAAAUUUGAAGGUUCUACUAAUGGAUCAUACUGCAUGCUGGGAGCAAUUGGAACUGGAAGAGCGUGUCAAAGCUUUCCUUCAACCCAGGUUUCAAUGUGGGUACGUAUAUAUACCAUGAGCAAUCAGUCCAUUCCAUAUCUUUAUCUCGUCUGGGGGUCUUAUCAGGCAUGUGCAUACACCGUGCACGGAAGAUGCUUCUUUGGAGUUGUGUUCGUCCUUGUUCUGCCUUUUCAUUACCAUGUACUCCCCCGUCCCAUGAAAGAUGUCGAAAAUUUGUCUAAAUUCAGAUGUAUCAUGGGACGGAGGGAGUAUUUGAGGUUCAGUUUAGUCAGGUCCUCUGUUGUGAGCUGGAACAACAAAUAUUGUAGCCAGAGACGUGAUGUGUUGACGAUGUGUGGAAUUUUAUUUCUUCGGUGUGAUGUUGAUCUGGUCGCGCGGGAUGGCGCGCGGUAGGAGGAUCAUGUGCGGUCAUUUCGGACAAUCUGUCGGGGAUUGGUUUUCUGUUCUUGUGUAAAGGGAAACAAGUAGCAAAGCUUUCUGUCUCGCAACAUGAUAAUCAAACUUGCUCCGGUUCGUCUGGGAGUGCUAUCAUGAGUGUUUAUAUCGUGUAUUGUGUAAAUGAUUCCUGGCAACAUGCAUUUGUGUACAGUAUUGUAAUACGGCUAUACGAGCACAAUGGAUUUUUUUCGAUAA